CCCUCCCAUUCCUCCACGCCCUCACCUCCCGCCGCCCGGCGCCCGGUGUUGUCCAAGAUGGAGGGCACCCUAUCGGCGCCGCUGCCCGUCCGGCUGCUGCUGUUCGUGGCGCUGCCAGCCGUGGGGUGGCUGACCACCAGCGCGCCCAGGCCGCCGUCCACAGCCCCGCAGGAUGGCAUCAGAAUUAAUGUAACUACCUUGAGAGACAGUGGGGAGGUGUCUGAAGAACAGGUUGUUCUUAACAUAACCUAUGAGAAUGGACAGGUAUAUGUAAAUGACUUACCUGUAAAUAGUGGUGUAACCCGAAUAAGCUGUCAGACUUUGAUAGUGAAGAAUGAAAAUCUGGAAAAUUUGGAAGAGAAAGAAUAUUUUGGAAUUGUCACUGUAAGGAUCUUAGUUCAUGAGUGGCCUAUGACAUCUGGUUCCAGUUCACAAUUAAUUGUUAUUCAAGAAGAGGUGGUAGAGAUUGAUGGAAGACAAGCUCAACAAAAGGAUGUUACCGAAAUUGACAUUUUAGUUAAGAACCAGAGAAUACUCAGACAUUCAAACUUUUCCCUUCCUUUGGAAGAAAGCAUGCUUUAUUCUAUUUCCCAAGACAGUGACAUUUUGUUUACCCUUCCCAACUUUUCCAAAAAAGUAGGAAGCAUUAGUUCCUUGCAGACCACUAGCCAUUACCUCAUUGGGAAUGUGGAAACCACUGUGGAAGGAAAUGCUUUACCUGGCAAAUUGCCCGAGACUCCCCUCAGAGCAGAGCCUCCAUCUUCAUACAAGGUAAUGUGCCAGUGGAUGGAAAAGCUCCGGAAAGCUCUCUGUCGGUUCUGGGGCAGUGUGUUCCCAGUGUUCUUCAUGUUUCUGAACGUCAUGGUCGUCGGAGUUCUGGGAGCAACAGGAGUCAUAACCGUGUUAAAGGUGCUUUUCCCAGUUUGUGAGAACAAAGGAAUUCUUCAGGUGGAUCAAAUGAACGUUAUGCAUGUGGCACCCAUCAUCUUAUACCCAGAGGGCUCUGAGAAAACAGCAGAAAAACUCCAAGAUAAAACAUGUAUUUAAAGCCGUCUCCAACCAUGGACUCUGGAUUGCUCUAUUGUCUCCAGACUUGCCAUUUGAAUACCAUUUUAUUUAAAUCAUUAAUCAGUUUAUACAUAGAAAUUGCCAAAUUCCUAAGACUGCCUGAAAACUGACCUUUACAGUGCCAAGUUAGAGUUCACCUCGCUCCACACACGAGCUGGCUGUUCAGAAGAUGAAUUAUUAAGGGAAAAUUUAAGUGGAAAAGAAGAUGUGACUGAAAUAACCAGAAGAAAAAAACGGCGAGACAGAACACCAUGUUGCCAGCAGCUCCAGGUGCCUUUGCUGCAGAAACUAUUUGAUUACUAUUGUAAGGGUUGAUAAGAAGCACUUUAUGAAAAAUUCUACGUUAAAAGCUGAAGAACUUAACACUUUUUUUUUCUCAGUACAAUGUGCCUUUAUAUCACACACAAGACUCAGUAUGAAAUCACCGAAGUGUAUCAUGGUCUGUGUCUGUGCCAAAACUGCUUACCCUGAAUGCACCAGGACUUAAAAGUAGUAGUGACAUGUUCUCACUCUAAAAUAAACUUUUUAAAAAAAUAA